AUGUCUCGCUACCCGCCCAUCCCCCAAGACGCCCAAACGCCCGAGCAGCAGCGUGUCGAGGCAGGCGCACGCGAGAUCCUCGCCCGCGUACCAGACCACGUCCAAUUAACCGGACCCUCGGGGGCCCUCCUGGGGCCUUAUUCCUCUCUACCAUACACCCCGGACCUCAUAACGCCCUGGAUGAACCUCGCAGCCGCAGUCGACAACCAGCCAGGCCUAUCCGCAACCGAAAAAGAACUCUGCACCCUCGCAACGCUCUCCGAGCACAACGCCCCCUACAUCCUCUACGCGCAUUCCGAAGUCGCCCUCGAAGCCGGCCUCACCCGCGCGCAAAUCGAGGACGCGAAAUCAGGCCGCACGCCUGCGGGGCUAACGGAUCCCGAGGCGGCCGUGUAUGCGCUCGCGCUGGAGAUGGCGCGCAGUCGGGCCCCGAUCUCGGAUAGCGUCUUUGGGCCUGCGGCUGAGGUUUCGGGACGCGAGAAGGUCGCGAGGAUUGCGCAUGUUGUGGGUGGGUUUGGGUAUGUGGCGCUUCUGGCAAAUUUGGCGGCCGAGGUUGGGGUGGAGAUUAUGAAGGACUAG